AUUUAAUAUGGCAGUAACUCUCAAGUGCAAUUGCUAUGGCCAUGGCAAUGGGGUUGUCGCUUGUCGGUUGGUUAAGUUAAGGUGCCCCACCACCACGGCCAACGCCACAAUGCCAAUGCCAAUGCUAACGCCACCGCCACCCGCAAUUCCCGACAGCGAGAGGCGAACCCGCUUGACUUGACGACAGCUUUCUUCCUUCGUUUCCACGACUCCUCUCCCUCACCAAACAGACGAACAAUUUCAACCGAAGUCCAAUGUCCAAAGUCUCCCCCUCUUUCUGUUUUCCUCAAAAUCCCUAGAUCUCGUUUCUGGUCUCCGCGAUUCAGAUCCCCACUCCCUCUGGAAGGAUGGAUCCGCCGAUGUCUUGGGACUCCCUUCGGAAACAGGCAAGGAAGCUUGAAGCACAAUUGGAUGAACAGAUGCAUUUAUACCGUAAAUUAGUUUCGAAAAGAGCUGAUGACGGUGCGGAAAAAGAUCUUGAAUCAGGUAUAGAUCACCUACUCCAACAACUCAAGCAAGUAAAUUGUCACAUGCAAGCUUGGGUGUCAUCAGGAGGCUCAGAAAUAUUUUCUCAUACAUUGACUCGUCAUCAAGAAAUUCUUCAAGAUCUUACUCAGGAAUUCAGUCGUCUCUGCUCUAGCCUUCAAGCGAAGAAAGAGCAUGCAUCACUGCUUGAGGAUUUUAGGGAGUUUGGUAGGACAAGUUUAGACAUGGAAGAAGGUGGGUCUUAUGGACAGGCUCUCCUCAAGGAGCAUGCCUCCAUAAGCCGAAGUACAGGGCAGAUGGACUCUGUCAUUUCUCAAGCACAAGAGACCCUUGGAACACUUGUGUUUCAACGAUCAACGUUUGGAGGGAUCAAUUCGAAGCUUAGCAAUGUUAGCAGCAGACUUCCAACGGUGAAUCAAAUCCUCUCUGCAAUAAAGAAGAAGAAGUCGAUGGAUGCUAUCAUCCUUUCCCUCGUUGCUUCGGUCUGCACAUUUCUGAUUUUGAUUUAUUGGUUGACCAAAUAGGUAAUGUUGUCGUCGUAAUCCUAUAUAUGGUAAUGGUGGAGCUAAGCUAGCCAUGGGGAAGGCCUUCAUUCCAUUGUGUCGUUUGUAAAUACAUGCAGUUUUGGCAAUAAAUUUUGGUAUUAAUUCUUUCAUAAUUUGAUCAAGAGCUACAUGGGCCCCUAUCCAUGUUGCAGUUGUAUCAGGAAAGGCUACAUUUCUGUUAUAUGAAGAGUAGGAAUGGCAGAACAUGGUUUAACUUCAUUAGGCUAUGCUACUGUUAUUUCAGCUAGAGGGGCAAUGGUAUCUACAACUACAAGAAGGUCCAGAUGAAAGAAAUUUGCUUCAA